AUGGAGUCACCUCCACGCAGCUUCCACAAACAGAACAACAUUGUCUGCCUCAAACUCUGCUUGCUUUUAUUCAUGGGCUGUGUACCAGAUACAACCAACCUUAGUUACAGCCAAUUUCUGGACACCCCGGCCAUUAUUCCAUACAACUCCUCUGAUAUGGCAUCACCUUUUCAAACACUAAGCCUUGAUGGUUACUUGAGUUUUGACAACAACCAUCAUACAGCAAAGGACUUUGGCAACGUAUACCAUCACCUACCAUCAGCAGUACUAUAUCCAAAAUCUGUUUCCGAUAUCUCCUCCACAAUAAAGCUCAUAUUUGAAAUGGGUUCUGGUUCUGAGCUUACAGUUGCUGCUAGAGGACAUGGUCACUCCUUUCAUGGUCAAGCUCAAGCUCAUCGAGGCGUAGUCAUCAAUAUGGAAUCACUUAAGGGAUCUCCAGAGAUGCAGGUUCAUCUUGGACAGCAACCUUAUGUGGAUGUAUCGGGUGGCGAGUUAUGGAUAAAUAUUUUGCAUGAGACACUCAAACAUGGGUUGGCACCAAAAUCUUGGACAGAUUAUCUUCACCUUACCGUUGGCGGGACUUUGUCAAAUGCCGGAAUAAGUGGUCAGGCGUUCCGGCAUGGACCCCAGAUCAACAAUGUCUAUCAGCUGGAGGUUGUCACAGGAAAAGGAGACAUAAUUACCUGUUCAGGGAAGCAAGAUCCAGAACUUUUCUAUGCUGUUCUGGGAGGGCUAGGACAGUUUGGCAUCAUUACAAAGGCUAGAAUUUCUCUUCAACCGGCACAAAAAAUGGUUAAGUGGAUCAGAGUGCUGUACUCAGACUUCUCAUUGUUUUCAAAGGACCAAGAGCUUCUCAUAUCAGCUGAAAAUUCAUUUGACUACAUCGAAGGAUUUGUUAUAAUUAACAGAACAGGUCUUCUCAAUAACUGGAGGUCUUCCUUCAAUCCUAAAGAUCCAAUUCAAGCAAGCCAAUUUAACUCGGAUGGAAAAACACUCUACUGCCUAGAAAUGGCCAAAUAUUUUAACCCAGAAGAAACUGAUGUCAUGGAUCAGAUAAUUAAGAUUUUACUGUCAAAAUUGCAAUACAUCCCAUCCACCCUCUUCACCUCGGAAGUUUCCUUUGUAAACUUCCUUGAGAGAGUGCAUUUGUCUGAGAUAAAACUACGAGAAAAAGGAUUAUGGGAGGUUCCCCACCCCUGGAUAAACCUUCUCAUUCCUAAAAGCAAGAUACAUGAAUUUGCUGAAGAGGUCUUCGGCAACAUUCUCACAGACAAUAUCAACGGUCCUAUCCUCAUGUACCCAGUCAACAAAACCAUGUGGAACAACAAAACAUCUUUGGUAACCCCCGAUGAAGAUGUUUUCUACCUAGUUGCAUUCUUAUCAUCUGUGGUGCCAUCUUCCACAGGAACUGAUGGCUUUGAUAAAAUUUUAACUCUAAACAGAAGAAUCUUACAGUACUCUGCUACAGCUAACCUGGGUAUCAGGCAAUAUCUGCCCCAUUAUAGAACCCAAGAAGAGUGGCGAGCUCAUUUUGGCUCUCAAUGGAAAGUUUUCAUACAGAGGAAGUCUUCUUAUGACCCUUUGGCAAUCCUUGCUCCUGGACAGAGGAUCUUUAAAAAGGCGGUUCCCAUCAUAUGA